GUCUAUGCAGGUGGGUAUGAGCAGGAGGAGCACGCAGCGGAGGCGUUCGACAUUGCGGCGCUCAAGUGCAAAGGCCGUCGGGUGAAGACCAACUUCGAGAUCGGCAAGUACGCCGACCUGCUGGGCUGCAUCGGGAAGAUGAGCAUGGAGGAGCUGGUGAUGGCCGUCAGACGCCAGAGCCAGGGCUUCAGCCGCGGCAGCAGCUCCUACCGUGGAGUCACACACCACCCGUCUGGCCGCUGGGAAGCCCGCAUCGGCGUGCCCGGAUCCAAGCACAUCUACCUGGGACUCUUUGCCGAGGAGGCCGAUGCGGCGCGGGCGUAUGACCGUGCUCUGGUGCGGCUGCGGGGGCGCGGCGCGGCCACCAACUUUGCGCUGAGCGACUACCGCACCGAAAUGGCGGACUAUCAUCAGAUGCAGAGCCGCACUCUCAAGGCGGAUGAGCGGUGA